AUGGGGCUCACGCAAUCGAGCGAGCGCCGCCCUGUCUUCUACUUCAUUGGCGACUCCAUCACGCAGUUCGGCAGUGAUCCCGACAGGAGCGGGUUCGUCACGCUCUUGCAGAACCACCACGUCCGUGCCGUCGACUGCGUCAAUCGUGGACUCUCGGGAUACAACACCAAAUGGGUGCUAAAGCACGCUAUGCCCAUUUACGCCAACGAGCUGCAGAACGAGUACUCGGCGUCCUUUGUGACGGUCUUUCUCGGGGCCAACGACGCAGUGCUCGAGCACGGACCCGGCGCCGCUCAGUACGUGUCGCUCGAGGACUAUCGGGCGAAUCUGCACAAGAUCGUGCAAACGGUGCGGCCGCUACUGGCUCCUCGUGGCCAAGUGCUGCUCAUCACGCCGCCCUGUGUCAUUGACUCGGCGCGUCAGAAGGACCGCAGCAAUGCGUCGGCCGCCAAGUACGCCAAAGCGUGCGUCGAAGUGGCUGCGUCUGAGAACGUUCACGUGCUUGACUUGCACACGUACUUCAACACGACGUAUCCGGACGAGUGUGUUCGCAAGACGUACUUUGUGGACGGACUGCAUUUCUCGGACAAGGGCAACCAGGAAGUGGGCAAGUUGCUCGGCGUGGCCAUCAACGGCAUGUUUGGGAAAGACGAGCUUGCGCAGUUCGACAAGUGGCAGUUGCCCGACUGGAAGGAUUUAGUCCAGUGCGCCGAAGCAGAGUCGCAGUAA